UAUGGACCUUGUCACACUAAUAUCCUCGGAACCAACCAACACCUCUUCUAGCCGUCAACCUGCUUGGUGGAAAUAUGAGCUAAUAAUAACUAACUAAUAACUAAUAACUAAUAGUUAACUAAUAACUGACGACGGUGACAUUAGAUCUGCCCCUGAGAAUAAAUUGACCCAUUUGCAGAGGAGCUGGUGCCAAGAGUCAAAUCCUCUCCAGCAUCGUGUAGUGGGAGUGCGUGGCUACAGAAAAAGUAUGUCGCUAGCUGUGUCCCUGUCGAAAUUGUGUUUUUUCGUGUGUUCCAGUCUCGUAUACCUCUGCACCGCUCAGGAUGCAGAAAUUGGAGGGGGUUCCAUCUUUUCUGGAGGAGUGCUGGGAGAAUCUGGCGUUGCACCGACGACAACGCCAGAACCCCCACCGACAGAGUACAUUGUGUACGACGGUCAGAGCAUGCCUUGCGUUCUUGUGAGGAUGAACAUGAAGCUCAUCAUAGAGCCCAAACGCACUGGGAACAAGAAAAUCACGAUAUCAGUUCCAAAGUCGGCAGUGUCCAAGGGGAGUUGUGGGAGUGGCGAGGACUCCAAAAUGACCCUCACUUGGGGCACCUUCAAAUUCGCCUGGCACUUCCAAAAGUCCCGAGUGAGCGAUGCCUAUUACGUGGAUGACAUCCAACUCAGCUACAACACCUCAGACAAAGCGUUUGGCAAUGCGACUCAAGACUAUGCUGGACAAUUUCAACAAGUUCACUCCGCGGAUCCACUCACCCUCUUCCUCACCCCCAUUGGACGGUCCUACACGUGCAACAUGGCGAAAGAUGUCAAACUCUACGAUGACAAGAGGGCUGCCAGGGUCACUGUCAGACUCACCCGGUUCCAAAUUCAGCCUUUUGCUGCCAUGACACAUCGACAGUACGGAGACGCGUUCAAAUGUUCUGAGGAGGCAGGGCGGAAGGAUGAGACGGUGCCCUUGGUGGUGGGGAGCGUCCUGGCCCUCGCCGUCCUGGGCACGAUUGGUGGCUACGGGGGCUAUCGGUACGUCAAGGUCAAGAAGAUCGAGUACGACACGAUGGAAUGAGGAAUCUCGAGAACAACAACGUCCCCUCGACUCAAAAAAUGCAAUUCUCAACGAAAACUUGACUUCUUUCACUGUUUUGAACGAGAAGGGAAAAUAUCACGAAGAGAAUGGUGCACGAAUGACCCUUGUACUUAAUUAAUUAAUUAAAUACAUUAUGUAUAGUGGCCACAAACACUGUCUUCCAUUAGUUGUACUGACAAUUACAUGCAAAACCACGCCACCAAUGUGUAUAGACAAACCCGAAAUCCAUUUGUAUUUAGGUAGGUGAAUGCAUUAACGUGUAAACCCCGAUUUACAUGUAAACCGGAUUUACAUGCUAACGGAUACAAACGGAUUUAUCGGAUUUGUUAGCCCUAGUAUAAUAUGUAAGUAGAUGGUUGAAUAUGCCUGUGCGAAUAUGCAUUGGAGUGUGAAUUGCAUAAUUAGUAUCUACGACUGUGUGAUUUGAUUGUUGAGUGUUAUGCUUAUUCGUUCAAGUGAUUUUAAAUUAUUGAUGAGAUUUAUGAGAAAAUGUACAUGCUUAAAAAGAUAGUUUACAAUUUAUCGUGUAGGAGAGGGCUUAUAUUAUCUCGUAAAAUAUAAUACUCAUAUUUAUUUGUAUUGGAUUAUUCCAAUGGUGAGGACGGUGCUGAAAUCCCGCAUGAUAAACAUUAUUAUUUGAAUCGUCAGGAGGAAAUGAAUGCAGGCAAACGUAAUUAUUUAUGCAGAUGAUUGGCAGAGAAAAUUUUAUGGAAGUACGAAAUUACAACAGAUAUCAACACAAUCACAAUAAUUAUUCUUCCGUAUCUCAUCAUCAUGAAUAUCAGUAUAACAUUAUAUUCUGCUCAUUUUGUAACAAUAAUUUACAAUAAUAACUGACUUAUUUUGUAGCUGAGACGUUGGAGGAAGAGUUUAAUAAUAAAAAAAUCAAUUAAAAUAA